AUGAUUUCUGAGAGUUCUUAGCUUUCUAAUUCAAGCUUUCCUUUAAGUUAAGAGGAAAACUCUAUUUAAACAGAAUAGCAUCUUUAAUCAAUCUCUUAAUAAGAUGAAGGAAUCUUUAGAUCAAAGCAUAUUAGAUAAAGAAGAAAAACAAUCUAAUAUGGAUAAAAAGAUAGAAGCAGUGCAAUUUAUAAGUACAUUAAAGAGAAAUAAAUGGCUUUCCUUGAUUAUAAACCUAGAGCUUAAAUGUCCUAAUUUUCAGCCGAAGAAGACAGAAUCCUAAUUUUGCUUGUAAAAAAGUUAGGACCUAAAUUCAACAAAAUCACUAGGUAUUUCUCAGGAAAAACAGUCAAUAUGAUUAAAAACAGAUAUUAUAAGUCCCUUCGUCAUAUUGAAUCUUAAGAAAUUCCAGAAGAAUUGGGGGAAGAGUUGUUUUCAAACAAUAAUUAAUCCAGAAUUAUUGGUAGAAAAAUAUUGAACUUGUGGCCCUAACACAAAUAAAUGAGCUCAGUAAUAGAAUGCAGUCCUCUCUUUCCUGAAGCCAAAGAAAUAUUGCAUACUUUUUUAUCCUCUUUCUAACAGUUAAUUAGCAACUGCAAAAAAUGA